AUUUAGCCACUCGCUCACGACAAGUCGUAGUGAGAAGUCGCAAAUUCAAAAUCGUAGCUCAACCGGGCACGUGUGUUUUUUCGUCUUCUGCUUCAGUUUUGUGUACUUUUCGCUGUUCUGCCUCAUGUUCGUGAACGGAUUGUAGAUUGAAUGCAGAUUUAGUGUAGUCGGCCUUGUAACAGCGAUCACAUCGAUUAAGCGUUGUGAGAAGUGAAUUAACGUUAGUUUGAAAAUUCAAAAGGUGCUAUAGACGAGAUGUUAUCAUCGUUGAGUUCCUACAUUUGGGGUGGAACCGAGAAUGGCAGUCCUCUAGACGAAGUUACUUUUACCAUUAAUGGAAAAUCAUACACUGUAAACGCCAAAACCGUCCCGGUCGACACCUCUUUGAAUACAUUCAUCCGCAAUCAUGCCCAUCUCAGCGGAACAAAGUUCAUGUGCCUGGAGGGCGGCUGCGGGGCUUGUGUCGUCAACGUGAAUGGCAUCCAUCCCAUAACCAAAGAAAAAGCAUCUUGGGCGGUGAAUUCCUGCCUUUUCCCGAUUUUCUCUUGCCAUGGCAUGGAAAUUCUCACCAUCGAAGGCAUUGGCGGAAAGAAGGACGGCUACCAUCCGACGCAGCAGCGACUGGCACACUUCAAUGGAACCCAGUGCGGAUACUGUUCUCCGGGCAUGGUUAUGAACAUGUACAGUCUGCUCGAAGCAAAGAAGGGCCGGGUUUCGAUGCAAGAGAUUGAGAAUUCCUUCGGUGGAAACAUAUGUCGAUGCACCGGAUACCGUCCGAUAUUGGACGCCUUCAAGUCGCUGGCGGUGGAUGCAGAUGAAAAACUGGUGCAGGCUUGUCAAGAUAUUGAAGAAUUGCCGAAGGUUUGUCCCAAAACGGGUAAUUCGUGCGCAGGGAAGUGCUCGUCGGUUGAUCCGAAAGUAGUCAGUAAACAGCCAGUUCGAAUGGUGUUCGAGGGUGGCAGCGAGUGGCAUAAAGUGUACAAUUUGAAUGAUAUCUUUACUGUUUUCGAUCAGAUAGGGGAAAAACCGUACAUGCUUGUCGCUGGAAACACUGCUCACGGAGUUUAUCGGCGCAGUGAAAAUCUUCAGGUUUUCAUCGAUAUCAAUGCGGUUGAUGAGUUGCACACUCAGUCGUUGGGAAACGAAUUGGUUAUCGGAGGAAAUGUAUCGCUGACGGAAUUGAUGAAUAUUCUAACGGAUGCCGCCAAUAAAAACGAAAAGUUCGGCUACUGCAAAGAGAUGGUGAAACAUAUCGAUCUAAUUGCGAACGUUCCAGUGCGCAAUUCAGGAACCAUUGCGGGUAAUCUCAGUAUCAAAAAUCAACAUCACGAGUUCCCGUCGGAUAUUUAUUUGAUUUUGGAAGCUGUCUGUACAACGCUAACGAUUGUUGAAUCUGGUGGCAAAACCAGUACUACCAGCCCGAUGGACUUCGUUCAGAUGGACAUGAAGAAAAAAUUGAUCAAAAAUAUCAUUCUGCCACCGCUGGAUCCUACGGUGCACUAUUUCCGUUCAUUCAAAAUCAUGCCUCGGGCCCAAAAUGCUCACGCCUACGUCAAUGGAGCAUUCUUGAUCAGGACCAACAAGACUCGAGACAAUGUGGAAAUGGCCAGAAUAUGUUUUGGCGGAAUUAACCCUAAUUUCACCCAUGCCACAAAUACCGAAAACAUGUUAAUAGGAAAGAAUUUGUUCAGCAACGAUACAGUCCAAACUGCUAUUAACACUUUAUCCGCCGAAUUAGAUCCCGAUUGGGUUUUGCCUGAUGCAUCUGUAGACUACCGCAAAAACCUUGCCAUCUCCCUGUUCUACAAAUUCAUCCUCGCAAUCGUACCAGAAGGUCAAUUCAGUCUCAAACCGGAAUACAAAUCUGGAGGAACCGUCAUGGAACGCCCGUUGUCAUCUGGAAAGCAAUCUUUCGACACUAUUGAGAAGAACUGGCCACUAACGAAAAAUAUUCCCAAGAUUGAAGCCUUAUCCCAAACCGCUGGGGAAGCAAAAUAUGCCAACGACUUGGCACCACAACCUGGAGAACUCUACGCUGCGUUCGUUUUGGCUACACAGGCUCACUCUAGGAUAGCAAAGCUAGAUGCUUCGGAUGCUUUAAAAAUGCCUGGCGUUGUGGCUUUCUAUUCAGCUAAGGAUAUUCCCGGAACGAACAACUUCAUGCCGGCAGGACUGGGUAAUCAAGACGUAGAAGAAAUUCUGUGCAGCGGGGAAGUUCAAUUCCACAGUCAACCAGCAGGUUUGAUUGUCGCAGAAACGUUCAACCAAGCGCAGAAGGCAGCCAAGGCUGUGGUCAUAACGUACGAGAAGACCAGUAACCGCGCACUCUAUCCAACCUUAAAAUCAGUUAUGGAUGUUGAUGCUCGAGAUCGUUUCUACGAUGUUUCCUUCGACAAGAGAGGUAAAGGAUACAGAGUAGCCCAAGCACCCACCGCCACAAAGAAUGUUAAGGGACGGUUCGAGAUAGCUGGACAGUACCACUACACAAUGGAAACGCACACCUGCGUGUGUGUUCCUAUAGAAGAUGGUAUGGAUGUGUACUCUUCAACACAAUGGAUGGAUUUGACACAGGUAGCAAUUGCUGAAUCAAUUAAGGUCCCGCAAAACAGUCUCAACAUGUACGUUCGUCGCUUGGGUGGAGGAUACGGUUCCAAAAUAUCCCGAGGGACUCAGAUCGCCUGCGCAUGUGCUCUGGCUGCUCAUUUCCUGCAAAGAACGGUACGUUUUGUUCUCCCAAUCGAGACCAACAUGUCCGCCAUCGGCAAACGCUACGGCUGUAUUAGCGAUUACGAUGUCGACGUCGAGAAGAACGGUAAAAUCACAAAAAUGAGCAACCACUACGUCCAGGACUAUGGCAUAUCGUUGAACGAAUCGGUACAAAGUGCCACAACCGAAUUUUUCAAAAACUGUUACGACACAAAGACAUGGAAGGUUGUUGGAAAAGCGGUGAAGACAGAUGCCCCCAGCAAUACGUGGUGUCGAGCACCGGGAACAACCGAAGGAGUUGCAAUGAUCGAAAACAUUAUGGAACACAUCGCACAGGAAAUCGGGCAAGAUCCUUUGGAAGUCCGAAUGGCCAAUAUGAUGCCAGAUAAUAAAAUGAAAACGUUGAUGCCACAGUUUCGUUCCGAUGUUCAGUAUGAUGAUCGGAAACGCGCAAUCGACGAAUUCAAUGCCAACAACCGGUGGAAGAAACGGGGUAUCGCUAUCGUGCCAAUGCAGUAUUGGUUGGAGUAUUUCGGACAACUGAACGCCAUCGUAUCGGUUUACGCUGGCGAUGGUACGGUGUCUGUCACUCAUGGUGGCAUUGAAAUGGGCCAAGGUAUGAAUACGAAGGUUGCCCAAGUUACAGCGUUCGCACUUGGAAUUCCGUUGGAGAAGGUGAGUGUAAAGCCAUCCACGAGUAUGACAUCGCCUAAUGCUAUAGUGACGGGUGGAAGCAUGACCAGUGAGGCAGUUUGCUUUGCUGUCAAAAAAGCAUGCGACAGUCUGGUACAACGCAUGAAACCCGUCCGCGAUGAGAAUCCCGGCGCUCCAUGGGAGAUGAUUGUCAAGCUGUCCUACGUGAAGAACAUAGACCUGUGCUCUGAAGCUCAAUAUAAAGCAGAGGACCUCAAAGCGUAUUACAUUUGGGGACUAAGCUGUGCCGAAGUCGAGGCUGAUAUCCUAACUGGCAAUGUUCAAGUUACGCGGGUAGAUAUUCUGGAGGAUACAGGCGAGAGUCUUAGUCCCGGCAUCGAUGUAGGACAAAUCGAAGGUGCUUUCGUUAUGGGAAUCGGAUAUUAUUUAACCGAGGCGCUCGUCUAUGAUAGCGAAUCUGGUGCUCUACUUACAAACCGUACCUGGACCUAUAAGCCACCAGGUGUGAAGGAUAUUCCCAUUGAUUUUCGGGUAAACUUCCUGAGAAGUAGCGCCAAUCCGGCCGGAGUUCUGCGAUCCAAAGCAACCGGAGAACCCGCGUUGAAUAUGACGAUUGUGGUUCUGUUUGCUUUGCGCUACGCUUUACGGUCGGCGAGAAAGGAUGCUGGGCUACCGGAUACAUGGAUUCCGAUGGGGACACCUACUACUCCCGAUCAAGUUUAUAUGUUGGCAGGAAAUAAAACAGAGCAGUAUAUGUUAAACUAACAUAGCAGUUUCCUCCUAUUUUAUUACAGUAAAAUAUGUGCUUUCCGAGGUGCUGGAACAUUUAUUUGUUAAUUAUUUUUUGAGAUACUGUAUUAAAUAAAUCUUCAUCAAGCUUG